CACAUCCGUAUCAAAUGCUCGACGAAAACCAGACGUUUUAUAUAUCUCAGUCAGACACCAUUAUUUUGUCUUCUACAUUCAUCUCCAACCCGGCGCCAUCUUUCAUCUGGAACUUCCAACCCUACAAAUCUUUUGAUGUAACGGAUCUUAGAAACGGAACGGAUGGCGUUAUUAUACAAAAUACGUUUGAGGGGAGUAAUUUAACUGCUAUUUCAGUUUUGACUCGGACCAGUAUACAGGAGAGCUGGUUUGGAUUAUAUAACGUCACAGCAACAAACAACCAAGGAAGUGCCAUGCUUAGCUUCGCAGUUCGUGAAAAACUGAACCCAGGAAUCCCAAACAGUCUGUUAAUUGGCUGUACUGAUGCCAGUUCUGCUGAGGUAUCGUGGAGUGACGGAGGGGACUCUCAGUAUUACCAUGUUAUUUUCAGCACAGAUAGGUUUCUUCUCUCACAAGAGGUUUAUCCAGUGUCGAUUACAAAACACACAGACGGAAGUGACGUGUAUAGUCAAAAUAUAGACAAUCUGGAUGGAGGCAAUGUCUAUUUCUUUAAGGUUGUAGCGUACAAUAAGUACGGACACACAACAUCGGCAGAUGCUGUCGGCUGUACUGUUCAUGAGCCAUGUUCUAGUGGAACUGACAGUAUGUAUGUCACUGGAGUUGUACUGACGGUCACUGGCGUACUCACGCUUUUGUUCACAGUUGGAAUCGAGAUUUAUUUCAGACGAAAUGGAAGACUAUGCCAUAGAACCCGUAAGCUUCCAAAACAGAAGGAAUACCAGGAUGUACAACUUUCAGAUCUAGGAGGCAGAUCCCAAAGCGAAAAUGAAAGAUCUCCAUAUCGAGAACUUGAUACCAAUGAGGUUGCCAAGGCGUCCGUGUAUUCUGAAAUCGGGGGACACCAUAAUGUUAACCCAAUUGUUUCUGACAAUGAAGGAGAUGGUGGAAAGUACGAGUCGUUGGAGGGACGUUCGAAUCCAAACGUUUAUGAAGAACUUAAUACUACAACGUCUGGUAACAGAGGGACAUACAUCAAUACUACCAUCGCUGGUAGAGAUUAGUGUUUAUACAACAUCAUGGAACUCAGUGA